AAUAAAAAUACAAGUAUAGAUAUUGUCUUUAAUUUAUAAAAGGAACAAAGAGAGAAAGGUGCAACCAAGUGGAUUCCUCUCUGAUUGGUGGUAUCCUAGCAACAGAAAAAAUAGACGUCAGUUGUAUCACGCUGCAUUGCCAGAGACAGUUUGGCUGUAUUGGAGGUAAUGAUGGAGAAUCAAGACGAGACUUCCUUGUCAAAAAAGCAGAAGCCCUCUUUUGUUGCUCAGCACAUACUAAGCAUUGUAGAAGAUUGCUUCUCUCAAGUGGAGUUUGCUGUAACUCUUCCUGUUGGCAGUGCAUCUGUUCAUGUGGACCAGCCUUUGAGUGAGACACUUCAAGCACACAGAAUAUUAGAAGAAAGAUUUGUAAACUUACAAGAUGUGAAGCAGGAGUCAGAGGAGGAGCAAAGCAGAAUGUCUACAAAAGCAGGGAGUAAAGGAAAGGGUAAGCUUAGGCGGGAAAUAAAAAAAUCUAUUACUGACAUUCUCAGGCUUUUCAAACCCCACAUUGGUAUCUUGUCAAGUUUACGGACGGAGCAAGGCGUCGAAUUAAGUUGGAGUGAAAGUUUAUUAAUCAGAGAGCUCAACAUCUAUCAAAGCCUUGUGGUCAAAAGACUGACUAGUGAGCAUGAAUGGCCUAUGCAAAAUAUGCUAGAUCUAAAUUUGAAAGAAGAAGAAGAAGUUGCUGCAACCUUGAAGCAAGUAAAUGUAGAGUUUUCCCAGUUGUCUGAAGAGAUAAAUAACACACAGUGCUAUCUGGAUCUUGAGGAGGAAACUAUAAACCAGCCAGUUGCACAAGCAUCAGACACAAAGCCAACCAGUUCACAAGAUGAAAUCGAUCAACUCAACAUUCAUCUUUACAAUCUGAUGCAUGCAAACAAACAGGCAGAAAUGAUGCUGCGAAAAAAAAAUGAAAUAUUGGAGGGGCAAAUUGAAGACUUACUCCAUAAAUUUGACAAAGACAAGGAAGAAAUUCAGGUAAACGGACAGAAACUCCGACAAAGUGCUGCAAAUAAUGUGUACUCAGCCAAGCUGGAGUUGACUAAAAAAGAGUAUGAUGAGGUAAUGGAGGAUACGAAGAAACUGAAGAAAUACUUUCAAGAUUUAGAGCUGGAGUGCAACCAGAUUCAUGAGAAGCGUCGACUGGCAGAAGAGAAGAAAAGGGAAGAGAUAAGAGAGCUGGAACUGAAGACCAAAGCUGCCAUUACUGUCCAAGCCUGGUGGAGGGGCUGCAGUACUCGGAAGGCCUUAAAGAACAAAGACAAAGGCAAGAAAAAAGUAAAGACUAAGAAAGGAAAAGGCAAGAAGACCAAAUAAACGACUGCAUCAAGAGCAUACAUAAUUGUAAAAUAUCGAGGCCUUUUUGAGGGGUAAUUAAAAAGUAUGAGGUUGUUUGAUUGUUGUACAGAAAUGUUAUCUUCCAAUACAUUUCUAAGGUAGCUUUAGUCCAUGUCUGUUUGGAAAAGAGACUGCUUAAAUCCCCUCAAUUCCACAUUUGUUGUUAUAUUUCUUAUUGGCCACAGAGGGGCAGUAUAACUCCCUUUCAGUCAACUUAUCUUCAUUGCUCAAACUAUUCGACAACAUUGAGGACAAGAUAAACCGUAAUUGUGAGUUUAAAAUAAGCCAAUAAAGUAAAAUAUGAAACAAA